AUGCCUGAAUUAUAUCCUUCUCCUGCAUCUACUUCUGACAAUCAGAAUUCCCUCAAUGAGUACCGGCCCCUCACUCUCACUCCUGCAGACAUUUCAGCUACCAUGUCAAUGUCUACAUCGUGCAUCCAUCUCCCAAUAUCAGGCGGAGGCUGCAAACAACAAUCUUCCCCCAUCGGCUCGGAUCAGGCACUUCAAAGCCAGGCUGCAAUGGAAGAUUACUACUUUUGUCACACCCAUCCUCCAGAUGGCAUUGAUAAUGAUGGUCUGACAAUUCCGGAGCAGGUGGAUCAUACCUCAGUUCCAUCACUGAUAGGACUGAGGUGGAUUAGAGAACACCUCCUGACAUUACUUGAGGAGCAACGUGAGGGCAUCCGUGAUAAGAUGGCAGAGAUACAAAUCUACACUGUUAUUCUAGACAGAUUGAAGAGAGGCAGAGGAGAGUAG